GGAGAGAGAGAGAAUGGGAACAACGGCGAUCGAAGAAGUGCGAACUUUAUGGAUUGGGGAUUUACAGUAUUGGGUUGAUGAGUCUUAUCUUUCUCAGUGCUUCGCUCACAGCGGCGACGUCGUUUCCAUCAAAAUCAUACGCAACAAGAUGACGGGCCAGCCCGAGGGCUACGGCUUCGUCGAGUUCGUCUCCCACGCCGCAGCCGAAGCCUUUCUUCUCACUUACAACGGCACUCAAAUGCCCGGCACUGAACUAACCUUCAGACUCAAUUGGGCCUCUUUCGGCGAUUCUGGGCCCGACCACUCCAUCUUCGUCGGCGAUCUCGCUCCUGAUGUCACCGAUUUCCUUCUCCAAGAGACUUUCCGGGCCCAUUACCCUUCCGUUAAAGGCGCUAAAGUAGUCACAGACCCCGUUACGGGCCGCUCCAAGGGAUAUGGAUUUGUUAAGUUCUCUGAUGAGACCCAAAGGAACCGUGCCAUGACCGAAAUGAACGGUGUUUAUUGCUCCACUCGCCCAAUGCGUAUCAGUGCCGCUACCCCUAAGAAGAACACUUCGUUUCAACAUCAAUAUGCUCCUCCUAAAGCAACAUAUCCGUUUCCGGCAUACACUGCACCGGUCAAUACUGUUCCACCAGAAAAUGAUAUGAAUAAUACCACUAUUUUUGUUGGUAACUUGGAUCUUAAUGUGACUGAGGAGGAGCUUAAGCAAAGCUUUCUGCAAUGUGGAGAUAUUGUGUCUGUCAAAGUUUAUGCUGGCAAAGGAUAUGGUUUUGUUCAAUUUGGGACUAGAGCAUCUGCUGAUGAUGCCAUUCAGAGGAUGCAGGGGAAGAUGAUAGGUCAACAAGUGGUCCAGAUCUCUUGGGGUAGUAACUUAGUAGCUAGACAGGACUUAGCUGGGGGCUGGGGGCAACAGAUGGAUCCAAAUCAAUGGAGUGCCUACUACGGAUAUGGACAAGGUUAUGAAGCAUAUGCCUAUGGUGCUACUCACGAUCCUUCCUUGUAUGCUUAUGGUGCGUAUGCUGGUUAUGCACAAUACCCUCAACAGGUUGAAGGUGCUCAAGACAUGUCAGCAGUGUCUAUGCCUAUGGAGGAAUCAUAUGAUCCCCUAGCAAUGCCUGACGUCGAUAAGUUAAAUGCUGCAUAUCUUUCAAUACAUGGAAGUGCCAUUUUAGGGCGGUCCCUUUGGCAGAAGACCUCGGCGUCAUUACAGCAAGCUUAGGAUCUAUCUAUAAUACCUGAUCAAUUUUUCGAAUGAGCACUUCAAAAUAUUGUUCUUACCAUAGAUCUGUAUCAGUUCAAGUAGUCCUAACCUGCAUCUUACAAUUUUAUUUUAUUUUUUAUUUCAACGAGUGUGGAAUAGCAUGUUAAAUUAGAUAAAUGAUAAUAUUUUGAGGUAAUACUGAGUGUUAAUGCAUCUAUUUUAGUUUAUGAUUCGAAUUUUAAUAGCAAACUUAUAUCACUU